AUGGAUAUAUGAUUACAUGAGUCAGAUACGUUUUAAUUGCACCACAUUUUGUAUGACUACUUGCAUUUUUGCAAUUGCCAUUUUCCAAGCACUAAUUACUUCAUUGUACUCGUUAAAAUCGUAUUUAGUGGCUUCCCUAAUUUCUCACCAUUUAUAUCGUUUUUUCCACUUUCUCAGUAUCAACCAGUUAGCUUCUCUUUCUCUCUCCUAAAAUUCAGCAACUUCGCAAACAUGGCAGAUUAGAAGCCUACCCACAAACAAAGGUAUCUAUAGUCCAUUUGUCUUCCACAGCUAGCUAGAAGCAUUGCCCGUUUUCCAAACUGACCAUGAACAAUCUGAAGCUGGGAGUAGAUGUGGUUAGUGCACAUGAUCUUAUGCCAAAAGAUGGCCAAGGAUCGUCAAGUGCAUUUGUCGAGCUUCAUUUCGAUGGACAGAAAUUCCGAACCACUAUAAAGGAAAAGGAUCUCAGCCCAGUUUGGGACGAGAGCUUCUAUUUCAAUAUAUCUGAUCCAUCAGUCCUCCCCCAUCUCGCUCUUGAUGUCUAUGUAUACAAUCAGAACAGAGCCACACACUCGAGGUCAUUUCUUGGAAAGGUCACCCUCAGUGGGACUUCAUUUGUUCCUCGCUCUGAUGCGGUGGUCUUGCAUUACCCUCUGGAAAAGCGCGGAAUAUUUUCUCGCAUUAAAGGAGAGCUUGGUCUCAAAGUUUAUAUCACUGACGAUCCAACCAUUAAGUCAUCCACUCCAAUUCCUGAUGCUGAAAAUCAUGCUCAGGCUGCAAAAUCUGAAGUCAGACACACUUUCCGUCAUCUACCUAACUCCAACCAAUCUCAUUCUCAUUCCCAUCCUCAAUCUCAUUCUCAUUCCCAUCCUCAAACUCAUUCUCAUCCUCAACAUGAACAUCAUCAUGGUUCUCAUGUGGAAGCUUCUCAUGAGGCAUCAUAUCAAGAAGUUCAGGAGAUGAAAAUGAAAGCUGAAGCACCGCCGCCCAAGAUUGUCAGAAUGCACUCUGCUUCUGCUGCACAACCUGUUGAUUUUGCCCUCAAAGAGACAAGUCCAUACCUUGGAGGGGGGCGAGUAGUUGGGGGACGCAUUGUUCACGCAGACAAAACUGCAAGCACAUAUGACCUUGUGGAACGAAUGCAAUUCCUUUAUGUGAGAGUUGUCAGAGCCCGUGAUCUUCCUAAUAUGGAUCUUACUGGUAGUUUAGAUCCUUUUGUGGAGGUGAGAGUCGGAAACUAUAAAGGGGUGACCAAGCACCUGGACAAGAAUGACCACCCUGAAUGGAAUGUGGUGUUUGCCUUCUCAAAGGAUCGAUUACAGGCUUCGGUUCUUGAAGUUAAAGUAAAGGACAAGGAUUUAAUUAAAGAUGAUUUUGUUGGCAUUGUAAGGUUUGAUUUGCAUGAGGUGCCAAGCAGGGUUCCCCCAGAUAGUCCGUUGGCUCCUCAAUGGUACCGUCUUGAGGAUAAGAAGGGUGAAAAGGUAAAAGGCGAGUUAAUGCUGGCUGUUUGGCUUGGUACUCAAGCUGAUGAGUCAUAUUCAGAAGCAUGGCAUUCUGAUACAGCUGGUAUUGAUAUUCAGUCUUCUGCUGCUUCAGCACUUUUGCGUUCGAAGGUUUAUCAUGCUCCGAGGCUGUGGUAUGUUCGUGUUAAUGUUAUUGAGGCACAGGAUCUGAUACCUACUGAAAAGAACCGGUUUCCUGAAGUUUUCUGCAAGGCACAGAUAGGUCACCAGAUAAUGAAAACUAAACCUGUUCAAGCUCGCACAUUGAACUCCCUUUGGAAUGAGGAUCUAUUGUUCGUCGCUGCAGAGCCCUUCGAUGACCAUCUGGUUAUCACUGUUGAGGAUCGUGUGGCUCCUGGUAAAGACGAGAUCAUUGGGAGAGUCAUCAUCCCGUUGAGUCAGAUCGAUAGGCGUGCAGAUGACCGGCUCAUUCCUUCUCGGUGGUUUCAUCUUGAGAAGCCAGUUGCUGUGGAUAUUGACCAGUUGAAGAAAGAGAAAUUUGCAAGCCGGCUUCAUCUUCGAGUGUGUUUAGAUGGAGGUUAUCAUGUUCUUGACGAGUCAACUCAUUACAGCAGUGAUCUCCGCCCCACAGCGAAACAGCUCUGGAAGCCUACUAUAGGCGUGUUGGAACUUGGAAUCUUAAGCGCUGAAGGACUCCACCCAAUGAAAACAAGGGAUAAUAGAGGUACAUCAGAUACAUAUUGUGUUGCAAAGUAUGGUCAUAAGUGGGUCAGAACAAGAACACUUGUUGACAGCCUCUCUCCGAAAUAUAACGAGCAGUAUACUUGGGAAGUUUUCGACCCAGCUACUGUUAUAACAGUGGGUGUUUUUGACAACUGUCAAAUCGGAGGGAAGGAAUCAAAUGGAGGACACAACUCAAACUCACACAAAGACGUCAAAAUAGGCAAGGUACGGAUACGUAUCUCAACCUUGGAAACUGGUCGUAUCUAUACACAUUCAUAUCCUUUACUUGUUCUUCAACCAAAUGGAGUUAAAAAGAUGGGGGAGUUGCAUUUGGCUCUAAGGUUUUCCUGCACUUCAUUUGCUAACAUGAUGUAUCAAUAUUCACGACCCCUCUUACCAAAAAUGCACUAUGCAAGACCCUUUUCAGUAAUGCAGCAAGACAUGCUGCGUUUUCGAGCCACAAAUAUAGUUGCUAUGAGGCUCGGACGAGCAGAACCAGCACUCCGGAAAGAGGUGGUUGAGUACAUGUCUGACGUGGAUGCACAUCUCUGGAGCAUGCGGAGAAGCAAGGCAAAUUUCUUCCGCCUUAUGUCAGUAUUCUCAGGACUAUUUGCUGUAGGAAGAUGGUUUGGUGAUAUAUGCAUAUGGAGAAACCCUAUCACAACAGUCUUGGUCCACAUUUUAUUUCUUAUGCUCGUUUGUUUUCCCGAGCUGAUCUUGCCUACCGUGUUCCUCUACAUGUUUUUGAUCGGGGUUUGGAACUAUAGGUACCGUCCUAGGUACCCUCCGCAUAUGAAUAUAAAGAUCUCACAGGCUGAUACUUCAUUUCCUGAUGAACUUGAUGAGGAGUUUGACACUUUCCCAACUAGCAAGAGUCCAGAGCUUGUGAGAAUGAGGUAUGAUCGGUUAAGGAGCGUGGCUGGAAGGAUUCAAACCGUGGUUGGCGAUGUUGCAACACAAGGUGAGCGGUUCCAGGCUCUAUUAAGCUGGCGGGAUCCACGUGCUACGGCCAUCUUUGUGACAUUUUGUUUAGUAGCUGCUAUUGUGUUGUAUGUGACUCCAUUCCAAGUGAUUGCUGCUUUAUCUGGGUUCUAUGCCAUGAGACAUCCUAGGUUUCGCUAUCGCUUGCCUUCAGUGCCCAUCAAUUUCUUCCGCCGUCUGCCUGCUAGGACAGAUAGUAUGCUGUAAAUUUGAGGUCAGAUUAUUAUUUCAGCCAUACUUUAGAUCUUGUUUCUAACCUUUGAUUUUAUAUAAGUUAUUGUAGUUGUUCUGGUGAUUUACCUUUAACGCAAGCAUUUCUGUACAAUAAUGAACUGUAAUGUUGUCUUUCCGACAACGAGAAAAUAACUAAGCCAUAUGAGUAAUUAACUAGUAGUAUGAAGUAUUUGUGAUUUUCCAA